AUGGAUCCAGCAACACCAAAACAAGUGGCCGAGCAAGCAGUGCCUGAACUUCCGUCCCCCUCGUCAGACGCAGAAAAGAUCAGAUUAAAACGUUUAGCGAAGCUUCAACAAAAUAGUUCAGACAACUCUGUUGGAACUUCAAGGACUUUCGCGUCGACUUCUAGUACCGCGUCUGCUACUGCUCCGACUUCGCUCAAAAGUCAAAGUAAACAGCUACAACAACAAAAGGAUAAGGGAAGGUUGGAACCUAUGAAUACUACAUCGGUUUCACCAAAACCAAAACAGCCUGUUAAAUCCUUUGAAGAUUGGCAAAAUGAUGUCAUCUCCAAAAUCCUUCAAAUUACACUUGAUAAAUCAUCGGCCGAAAAAAGUGACUCUCAAUUGAUUUAUCUAUAUUCCCAAGUUGCGGAGUUAAAGGAAGAGGAUCCUGAGAAGACAUCAUUCAAAUUAUCACAAUCUAUUCUUGAAAGUGCUCUAGUUGCUCGAUUAUCUAUUAAUCCAGAUCAAAUGAGUGAUGAUGAGGAAAUUGUACAGGCGAUUUCGAAAUUGCCUCGUACACCCACAUUUGAUUAUCUGCUGGACAGCUGGAAACGAGCAGUUGAGAUUAAGAAAAACUUGCUAACACGCGCGUCUAAGACAUUAGAACCUUCAAUUAUUAACGAACGAGUUAAUGUCUUGGAUACAAUAAAAGAUCUAUUAGUAAACUAUGCCGGAUUGAUUAUUCAAUAUCCUGAUAUGUUCCCACAAGUAAAUAAUUCAAUGAAUUUAGGUCCCGAACAGCUCGUUCCAAGGCUAUUGGCCGAUGUUAAUACUACUGAAGGGUUACCUUGGGACUUUAUUCAGGAAUUGUCUGCAAAAAUGGAUGAGGAAGGAUUUGAACAAGUUUUUGGACAAGCUUUAAUUGGGUUGACGGCUCAAAUGCGUUCGAAAAAAAUCUUGGAUGAUUUUUUACGACCACUUAAUGCAUAUCAAAUCCCUGGCAGCGAUGUAUUUAAGUUACCAACGCUACGAUGCUGGAAUCCUCCUAAUUUGACUGCCAAAACGUUCGAGGUUAUGUCUCUUUUAGGUCCAUUUUGUCGGUUAUCCGUUUUUCCAUUGGACGAGCCAACUAUAGCGGAAAGUUAUUUUAGUAACGUUCAACAAAGAAGUAAAGCUGAUGUGGAUUCUGCUAUGAUAAGUCUGAGGGGUGCUAUACGAGGAGUACAGAAAUCUCUUUUUAAUAUAUUUAAUAAUAUUGUACGUUCUUCACCGUCUUCAAAAGAAGCUGUACUUUCUUAUUUUGCCACAGUUAUUAAGUUGAACGAAAAAAGAGCGCAAAUGCAGGUUGAUCCUUCGCAAGUAGGAACCGAUGGGUUUCUAAUGAAUCUAAGUUCUGUACUAUUAACUUUCGCGGAUCCUUUUAUGGGUUAUACUAAGAUCGAUCGUAUCGACGUUAAUUAUUUCAGAAAGUCGAAACGAAUUGAUAUUAGUCAAGAAACAAAAAUUAAGGCAACUCAACAAGAAUCAGACGCAUACUAUUCUUUGGAAAAUGAGAAAGCAAUCCAUCAUUAUGGACCAUUGCAAUGUUAUGAUAAUUAUAAUAAUCUGAACAGAGAUCUUAUGGAAUUACAAAAACAGUAUGAUGGGAUGAGAGCUGAUCAACCAAACUGGGCGGGGACUCCAGCUGCUGCUAUCAAUGAAGUUCUACUAAAGCGUUGUAAGGAUCAACUCGACAAAUGGGCUUCGCAUAAAAUAGCGUAUGAUUCUCAAUUGUUAGAUCCGGAAUCCUUAUCCCAUUCACUACAAUUUUAUAACUUAGUGAUUAAUUGGGUGUUAAGAAUUGUUGAUCCUACAGGUCAACAUCCUAAAAAGCAAAUUAGCUUACCUUUACCGCCAACCCCUCCAAAGGAAUUUAUUAUGUUACCUGAAUUUAUCAUUGAAGACGUUACCGAAUUUUUCUUGUUCAUUUCCAGAUAUAACCCCCGAGUAAUACUUUCUGGCUCGCGUGACGAGCUGAUAAUUUUCAUUAUCACUUUUCUUAAAUCUUCGUCAUAUAUUAAGAAUCCAUAUUUGAAAGCAAAGUUUGUAGAAAUCUUGUUCUAUUACACAACACGAAAUGACAAUGAAGGUGGUAUGGGGGCUAUUUUAAAUUCACAUCCUAUUUCUUUGGAGCAUUUAAUGUCAUCUUUAAUGUCUUUUUAUGUUGAGGUGGAACAGACCGGAAUGCACACUCAAUUUUAUGAUAAAUUCAAUAUUAGAUAUAAUAUUUCGCAAAUAUUCAAUUCAAUAUGGAAUAACCAAGACCAUAGAAAUAAAUUAAGAGAGGAAAGUCGAAAAACAGAAUCCUUUGUAAAAUUUGCUAAUUUAUUAAUGAACGAUGCAACUUAUCUCCUGGAUGAAAGUCUUAAAAAAUUGGUGGAAAUUCGUAAUUUACAAAAUGAAAUGAGUGACACCGCGGAAUGGAAUAGGCAAACUCCGCAACAUCGUCAAGAACGCGAAGGUUUGCUUCGCUCUCUUGAACGACAAGCUACAUCUUAUAUGGCUCUCGGGAAUGAAACAGUACACAUGCUUGAAUAUAUGACAUCAGAGGUAGUCGAACCGUUUAUCACACCUCAAAUUGUCGAUCGAUUAGCAGCAAUGUUAGAUUAUAAUUUAGAUUCUCUUGUUGGUCCACGGUGCACUGAACUUAAAGUUAGAAAUCCAGAUAAAUAUCGAUUUCAGCCUAGAACUUUAUUACAACAAUUGAUAACUGUAUAUUUGAACUUAUGUAAAAGUAAAGAAUUCGUACAAGCAGUUGCUAGAGAUGGUAGAAGUUAUAAAAAAGAAUUAUUUUCAAAAGCGUCAGAAAUCUUGAAGAAAUACAGUUUGAAAUUGGAAAGGGAUGUUGAAAUAUUGAAUAAAUUUGUCAAUGAUGUUGAGGAAGUAAUUAAAUUGGAAGCGGCUGACGACGAAGAGUUGGGUGAUAUACCUGAUGAAUUUUUGGAUCCACUUAUGUAUGAAAUAAUGGAAGAUCCUGUUAUUUUACCUGAAUCGCGAGUUUCUAUUGAUCGUAAAUCCAUCACGACUCACCUUUUGAGUGAUGCUACGGAUCCUUUCAACAGGAAGCCUUUGACAAUAGAUCAAACACGGAAUUGA